AUGGCUUAGAACUAAUAGAGUACAAGAAAAGUUUCAUUUUUUGAAAAAUAUUUCUGUUGUGGCAACACUCAAGAAGUCCAAGAGCCUAAUACUACAAAUCAAAUGUAUAACACUGUUAAUGAAUAUUUGAAAAUUAAUCAAAAGAAUCCAAGUCUUUAUAUAUUAUAAGAGUUUGAUGGCGUAUACUAUGAUAGGAGCAAAAAAAUAAAAACUAUCCAUCCCCUUAAAGAUAUAUCUAUCAACAAUGUAAUAACAGAGAGAACCCAGCAUUCGUGUCCAAUUUGCUUUUGCUAUUUUAAUUGUAGGUUUUGUUCUUAUAAUAGUUAUAUUGGCAUCAAAUUGCUGCAUGAAUUACAUUUGUCAUAUUUGUGCAUUAGAAUUCAAAAGCCCCAAAUGCCAUUUUUGUCAAAAUGA